AUGGAAGUUUCCUCGGAGAAUUUCUGGCGGCAGCUGCCCAAGAUUCUGCUGUCCAUCGCGAAAUCCAACUUCGUUGCCAUCGACCUCGAGAUGACCGGCAUCACGGACAAGAGCUCGGAAAACCGCCCAGAAAACCCAACUAACCAGCAAAUCUAUGAAUCGGCCAAGAAGAUCGCGUCCAAGUUCAACGUCUUUGAAAUGGGGAUCACUUGUAUUCAACACCAGUCGGGCGACCAUUACAAGACCGAGACCUACAGUUUCACUGUCAGCCCUUACCUGCAUACCCAGACACGGGCUGACGAGAAAUUCGUCAAAGAACUGGACAGGAAUCUUUCUGUCUCGUACAACACUCUGAAGUUCCUUCAGUCAGAAGGAAUUCGACUGGAAAAGAUCUACGACGAUUGCGUUCCGUAUCUGAGCCGCAAAGAUGCCCGCUUGGCAACUCGACAGAUGAAGCGCCGACAAGAGCCUUGGGACGUAAGGGAUCAUGGAUACAACGAACACGAUGAAGGCCUGACUACGUUUUGCGUUUACAAACGUAUGAGUGUCUACGAACAAAUUGUUCGUAUAAAGGCCCGGGAGCUUGUGCCACAAAUGGGGUGUCGUCUUUGGAACCACGGCACGACCGUGGUAAUCUCUCAGGGGGGCGAUGGACAAGAAGCCAAGAGGCGUGAGCUUCUGGAGGACGAUCUCAACGCAUCAUUGAGCAAGUACACAGGCCUUCGACUGAUUAUCGAAGCCCUUAUCGGAGGUAAGUUUGCCGACCUGAUUGACCCCGGUCACAUUGUCGAAGCCAUGUCUGGCUGGCCUGGGGAAGCACAAACCUUUUGUCGUGAGGUGCAUGAGUUCUUGAAUCCCGCGUCACCAGAACAAUCCAAGGGAUCUUCAGAGGACGAAGUCGAGGCCCCCUACUGCAACUGCCUGUCCCGGACUGACUCUCCCCCUCUUGAUGGCAUCCGUUCACAGGCCACAGAUAUUCAAGAAGGCCAUUCAGCUAGCCACAGUGGCGAAUCCUCAAGCACUUCAGAGGGAGCGGCCGAUGGCGAAUACGGAGAGGGCGACAGUGGUACCUGGUAUCCCACGGCUGAGACAACCAGCUACGAUGAGCCGACUGGCUGGGACAAUUUGUGUCAAGAUCUCGAAGAACUGUCCACGGAAACACUCAAGAACGAAGUAGCAGAUGCUCUACAGGAGUUGGAAGCUUUUGGCCGAAGGAAGCCAACUAUUAUUGGACACAACCAGUUCAUGGACCUUUUGUUCCUUUACAACACCUUCAUCGACGACCUCCCUGAUACUUUGGGUGAGUUUCGAGCAAAGAUACAAAGACUAUUCCCCUACGUCAUAGACACGAAGCUGUUGGCCAUUAAGGACGACACGAUCGAGGGCGAAGACCCAUUGUUGGAUCUACACAAUAGGUUCGAUCGCAACAAAACACAGCCAAGCAUCUCUUGGGAUACAGCUUAUGGCUAUGGACGCCGUGGAACAGCCCAUCAGGCAGGCUUCGAUAGUUACAUGACGGCAGUUGUCUUUUUACGAAUCGCUCAUAAACUCCAUCGUGAGAGAACAACUAGGCUCGAGAGCCGACUCGCCUCACACGAGAGCAAAGCGAAGAGAUUGUACGACAGAGAGUGGCUGCUAGCGGUUGGAUACGAUCCGAAUCUUUUGGGGUACCUCGACAACGACACAUGGAGGGCGCCCAGCACCCAGGAAGAGUGCGUGGGUCGAAUCAGGUUCGGUUCGGAAAUAUUUGACGACAUUUACAACCGAAUCCGGAUCGCGCCCCGCAAGACAGUCUACUUUGGACCCGACUGAUAGGUUGC